AUGGCGGGCAAAGACGACUACUACGACUACCUCUACAAGAUUGUUCUCAUUGGAGACAGUGGCGUGGGGAAGUCCAACAUGCUCUCUCGGUUUACCCGCGAUGAGUUCAACCUGGAGAGCAAGUCGACCAUUGGAGUGGAGUUUGCGACGAAGAGUGUUUAUUUAGACGAAGGCAAAGUCAUAAAGGCCCAGAUCUGGGACACCGCUGGGCAGGAGCGGUACCGGGCCAUAACUUCUGCGUACUACCGAGGGGCUGUGGGUGCGCUUUUGGUGUACGACAUAUCCAAGCGGCAGUCCUUCGACAACGUGGAGCGGUGGCUGAAGGAGCUGCGGGACCACGCAGACCCUAAUAUAGUGGUUUUGUUGGUGGGAAAUAAAACAGACUUAAAACACUUAAGAACAGUUUCUCCAGAAGAAGCCACGAGGUUUGCAAACAAGGAGGGUUUGGCGUUUAUAGAAACGAGUGCUUUGGACGCCACCAACGUCGAACAGGCCUUUCACCAGAUACUCGCAGGUAGGGUUUAG